AUGAUCUGUUGUUUGCUCUCCAAUCCAGUCCCGGACGGACACCUGGUCCUCGUCGAACAACUGCAACGUGCAUUCCCGCUACAGGUCGCUCGAUCCCUCAACCGUAGCCGGGCCAACGGUGUCUGGAUCCAACUCCGGAAUCCGACCGAUUCGGUUGUCGAGAUCCGACCUGCCGAUGUCAUGGCCAUGGGGACCCCGGUACCCACCACCAUACAAAACCUUGAGACGGUGGACGGCACGGACCAGCACUCGCCUCGGAGUGCGAGCCGACAUGUGAAAUGA